UCCUACCACGGACAACAGUGUGUGUGUACCGCCACACACCAGGCCAGUCCUAAUGGAGUGUACGUUACAGAGUCUGUGGAGUUUAAUGUGAUUUAUCCUCCGAAAGAAAACAUUACUUUAUCACCAUCUGGAACAUACACCGUUUUUACCGGUGGAACAGAGACAUUCGAUUGUCAAAUAAAGGGAGGUAACCCUCUGGCCACAUUAUCAUGGCAUUGCAUGGGAUCAACAGUGAUCGGACAGAAUCGGACCGAGGCCGGUAAAGCUGUUUCCAGGCUGCAAAUUACAAUAGACGAAUCCUACCACGGACGGCAGUGUAUGUGUAAAGCGAGUCACAAGGCCAGUCCUAAUGGAGUGUACGGUACAGAGUCUGUGGAGUUUAAUGUGAUUUAUCCUCCGAAAGAAAACAUUACUUUAUCACCAUCUGGAACAUACACCGUUUUUUCCGGUAGAACAGUGACAGUCGAUUGUCAAAUAAAGGGAGGUAACCCUCUGGCCACAUUGACCUGGGAGUGUAAAGAGACUAGCAUGGAUGGACAGAAUGUGACCACAGAUGGUAUAGCAAGUUCCAGACUGACAGUCCGAAUAGACAAAUCCUACCACGGACAACAGUGUGUGUGUACCGCCACACACCAGGCCAGUCCUAAUGGAGUGUACGUUACAGAGUCUGUGGAGUUUAAUGUGAUUUAUCCUCCGAAAGAAAACAUUACUUUAUCACCAUCUGGAACAUACACCGUUUUUACCGGUGGAACAGAGACAUUCGAUUGUCAAAUAAAGGGAGGUAACCCUCUGGCCACAUUAUCAUGGCAUUGCAUGGGAUCAACAGUGAUCGGACAGAAUCGGACCGAGGCCGGUAAAGCUGUUUCCAGGCUGCAAAUUACAAUAGACGAAUCCUACCACGGACGGCAGUGUAUGUGUAAAGCGAGUCACAAGGCCAGUCCUAAUGGAGUGUACGGUACAGAGUCUGUGGAGUUUAAUGUGAUUUAUCCUCCGAAAGAAAACAUUACUUUAUCACCAUCUGGAACAUACACCGUUUUUUCCGGUAGAACAGUGACAGUCGAUUGUCAAAUAAAGGGAGGUAACCCUCUGGCCACAUUGACCUGGGAGUGUAAAGAGACUAGCAUGGAUGGACAGAAUGUGACCACAGAUGGUAUAGCAAGUUCCAGACUGACAGUCCGAAUAGACAAAUCCUACCACGGACAACAGUGUGUGUGUACCGCCACACACCAGGCCAGUCCUAAUGGAGUGUACGUUACAGAGUCUGUGGAGUUUAAUGUGAUUUAUCCUCCGAAAGAAAACAUUACUUUAUCACCAUCUGGAACAUACACCGUUUUAACCGGUGGAACAGUGACAGUCGAUUGUCAAAUAAAGGGAGGUAACCCUCUGGCCACAUUAUCAUGGCAUUGCAUGGGAUCAACAGUGAUCGGACAGAAUCGGACCGAGGCCGGUAAAGCUGUUUCCAGGCUGCAAAUUACAAUAGACGAAUCCUACCACGGACGGCAGUGUAUGUGUAAAACGCGUCACAAGGCCAGUCCUAAUGGAGUGUACGGUACAGAGUCUGUGGAGUUUAAUGUGAUUUAUCCACCUUCAAAACUAAUGUUGAUACGUCCUUCUGGAAGGAAGACCGUGCGGUCGGGUGCAAAUCAAACCAUUGAUUGUCUAGUAAAGGGAGGUAACCCUCUGGCCACAAUAAGCUGGCAGUGUAAGGGAUCACUAGCGAUCGGAAAGAAUCUCUCUAAUAACGAUGUAUCGGCGUCCAGACUGAAAGUCACUAUAGACAAAUCGUACCAUAAAAAAGCAGUGUGUGUACUGCCAGACACGAAGCCAGUCAUGAUAAAGUGUUUGGUACAAAGGCUUUGA